UUACAGCCACCACUCAUCUUGUAACGAACCGGUUUUGGUGGUCGACGCUUCAAGCCGAUGUGAUCUCCUUUGUACAUCAAUGCAUUGCCUGCAACGUCUCCAAAUCAUUCCAUCAGAAGCCGGCCGGAUUACUCCAACCACUUCCAGUACCACAACGCCCAUGGUCCCAUAUCGCCAUCGAUUUUGUCACUGACCUACCCCCAUCACAGAAUUUUACCACCAUCCUGACGGUGGUAGACCGAUUUUCGAAGGCUUGCAGAUUCAUUCCGCUGGUCAAGCUUCCCACGGCGCUACAGACAGCAGAGGCUUUGGUGCAACAGGUGUUCCGGUUGUACGGAUUACCCGAGGAUAUUGUGUCCGAUAGGGGUCCUCAGUUCACUUCUCGGGUUUGGCAGGCUUUAUGUGGCCAACUGAAUAUUAAUGUCAAUUUAACGUCCGGCUAUCAUCCACAGGCCAACGGGCAGGUAGAGAGGCUCAAUCAGGAACUCACUCGUUUUCUACGAACCUACUGUAACCAGAAUCAGCAGGAUUGGAGUCGUUUCCUGGUGUGGGCCGAAUACGCCCAGAACUCACUAUGCAAGCCUUCUACGGGUCUAACCCCUUUCCAAUGUAUACUGGGUUAUCAACCGCCUCUAUUUCCCUGGUCUGGGGAACCCACGGAUCUUCCGGCCAUUGACGCCUGGCUACAGAGAAGUGAGGAAACUUGGAAUAAUGCUCAUGUGCAUCUUCAACGUGCAGUUCGACGUUUUAGAGAACAAGCGGACCGUCAUCGGAGGAGGGGGACCAAUUAUCAACCGGGACAGUGGGUCUGGCUAUCAUCCAGGGACCUCCGUCUCCAUCUUCCCAGCAAAAAGCCGAGUCCUAGCCGGAGCUCCGAGUGGAGAGAAGGACCAGGACGAGGUUGCGGAGACGAGCUCCCCUCCCAUCAUCAUCGAGGGCGAGGAGGCUUACCGUGUGAGGGAGAUUCUUGACUCAAGACGCCGAGGCAGGGAAUUACAGUAUCUGAUCGACUGGGAGGGGUAUGGUCCUGAGGAGAGAUCCUGGGUAAAGUCUCAUGAUAUACUGGACCCUACACUGAUCUCCGAGUUCCAUCAACAGCACCCCACCAGACCUGCUCCGAGACCUCGUGGAAGACCUCGGCGUCGCACUGAUCCUCGCUUCAGGAGCCGCUCGCAGGAGGGGGGCUCUGUCACAAAUCGCGCCUCUGUGGCUCUCUCCGCUCAUCCCAGAGCUCCGUCUCCCAAGUAUUGAACUACAUUUCCCAAUAGCCCCGUACCUAGGUCUAAUAACCGACACAGGUGUUCCUCAUCUACCUCUCCAUAUAAACAGCCCGCUGACUCUCUAUCAGUGCGAAGUCUUGUUUUGCCCCGGCGACAUUUCUGAGCGUUUCUCUACUGAUUAUCUGGAUUACCUGUGUAUUGACCCGUGACUGUUCUAGGACCUUAAUUCUCUGUUUGCUGCCUGCCCCGACCCUUGCCUGUUUCUUCUGGAUUUCGAUUGUUGCCGCCUGUCUUGACCUCUGCCUGGUAUCGUUUAUGUUCUGGAUUACCUGCUCUAUGUUGAAUGCUGAUCGUUGACUCUUGCCUGUCUGACUAUUCUCAAUAAACA